AUGGGAUCGAAGGGCAUGACGACUGCCGCCGCCGCCGGCGCGGUCAGCACCGGAGGAGCGGUGACAGCAGCGGCUACCAUGGAGCAAAUCAGGAAAAAGGCGAAGGCCGCCACGAAAAUGACGAUCAUGACGAUUCCAGAUUCAUCGGGGUAUGACUACAUGAUGGAAAAUGGGUCAAUAGAAUUGCCGUGCAAGCCGGAAGAAGAGAGGAGGAUCGUUCAAGAACUGACCGCCAAAGCUGAGUCUAAUUUGCGUGAGGGGAACUUGUACUUCGUCGUUUCUAGCAGGUGGUUCAGAAGAUGGCAGAGGUACACUGGGCAAACAGAAGGUGCUUAUCCAUUUGAGGAUCAUUCUAUUAUAUCUCAACCUCUAACAUUGGAAGAUAGACCUGGAGUUAUUGACAACAAUGAUAUAAUUGCAAGUGGACGGGAAAAUGAAGAUGAUGACCCACAGCUUCUCAGAACUGUGGAGGAAGGGCGUGAUUAUGUUUUAGUUCCACAAGAAGUUUGGGAGAAGCUUUUGAAAUGGUAUAAAGGAGGUCCAGCAUUGCCACGAAAGAUGAUUUCUGUUGGGGAUCAACCGAAACAAUUUGUUGUGGAGGUCUUCCCUCUUUCUCUCAUGCUAAUUGACUCUAGAGACCAGAGUGAAGUAAUUAUAAGACUUAGUAAAAAGGCUUCCCUACAUGACCUCUAUGUGAAAGUUUGUCGGCUUAAAGGCUUGCAAACCGAUAAGGCACACAUCUGGGACUACUUCAAUAAGAAGAAGCAAACUAUAUUAAUUUCGUCUAGUCAAACCUUGCAGGAUUCUAAUUUGGAGAUGGAUCAAAGUAUUCUUCUUGAGGUGCCAGCUGACGAUUCUGGCAUGGAUUCAACUGGGAACGGCUUAGCUAUGGUUCCAGUGGAGCCUAUGAGAUCAUCCUUUUCAAUUGCCGGUGGCCCUACUAUGUCGAAUGGUAAUUCAACUGGUCAUAGCUCCAGCUUAUACCAAAGAAGCACUUCUUCGUCCACAUGUGGAGGUAUGGAAAAUGGAUACAAUGAUGUAAACCCUGUGGCGAGGGGAGAUAAGGGUUUGGCAGGGUUGCAAAAUUUGGGGAACACUUGCUUCAUGAAUAGUGCUGUUCAGUGUUUAGUUCAUACACCAAACCUGGUUGACUACUUCUUGCAAGAUUACACUGAUGAGAUCAACAGACAGAAUCCUUUAGGAAUGCAUGGGGAACUUGCCCUUGCUUUUGGAGAACUACUGAGGAAACUCUGGUCUUCUGGUCGAACACCAGUUGCCCCUCGUGUGUUUAAGGGGAAGCUUGCUCGUUUUGCUCCACAGUUUAGUGGGUAUAACCAACAUGAUUCUCAGCAUAACUAUAUGGCACAGUCUAAUCAUGGUGUACCUGCUCUACCUUUUCCCAUUGAUGGGAACGGUUCCUAUGGGCUUCAUGAAGAUCUAAAUCGUGUGAAACAAAAACCAUAUAUCGAAGCAAAAGAUUUUGAUGGUCGACCUGAUGAGGAAGUCGCAGAUGAGUUCUGGAGAUAUCACAAAGCGAGAAAUGAUUCGAUAAUUGUUGAUAUUUGCCAGGGCCAAUACAAAUCAACGCUGGUCUGCCCUAAAUGCAAUAAGAUUUCAAUAACUUUUGAUCCAUUCAUGUAUCUCUCCUUGCCUCUUCCUUCAACUGCUACUCGGUCAAUGACAGUAACAGUGUUUUAUGGUGAUGGAAGGGGCCUUCCAAUGCCAUUCACUGUUACGGUUCUCAAGCAAGGAUGCUGCAAAGACCUUAACGAGGCUUUGGGCAUUGCUUGCUGUUUAGGCAGUGAUGAAUACUUGCUCCUUGCUGAGGUCUAUGAACACCAAAUAUAUCGGUAUUUGGAAAACCCGUCAGAAUCUUUGGCAACAAUUAAGGAUGAAGAACAUAUUGUUGCCUACAGGCUUCCCAAAAGAGACACAGAUCUAACAAGAUUAGAGAUAUGCCACCGAUACCAGGAGACUGAAAGGAAGAUGUUCCUAACACCAUUAGUUACUUCCUUGGAGGACCCACAGUCCGGAGCUGAUAUUGACAUAGCCGUAAACCGAAUGCUUUCCCCUCUAAAAAGGAAAUCAUUUCUGGCUUCAACAACAAUCCACAUCAAUGGAGAAAAUGGCUCCGAGAAUAGUGCAAUGGAAGAUGAAAUGAAGAUUUCGAGCACUCAGUUGGAAUCUGAACUCCAAUCAAUAGAUGAAAUGGAGCCAAAGGGCAUGUCUACUCGAGAGUUAUCUUUCCGGCUUAGCAUUACUGAUGCUAAGGGUUUUGGCAGCAGGCCUUUAGUGAAGGACUCACCCAUAAAACCAGGUCGUAUAGUCAAAGUAGUGCUUGACUGGACUGAAAAGGAACACGAGCUUUAUGAUUCCAGCUACCUAAAGGAUCUUCCUGAGGUGCACAAGCCUGGAAUUUUAGCAAAGAAAACUAAGCAGGAGGCCAUCUCUCUAUUUUCGUGUUUGGAUGCAUUUCUAAAGGAGGAGCCACUUGGUCCCGAUGAUAUGUGGUAUUGUCCUCGGUGCAAGGAACAUAGGCAAGCGAGUAAAAAGUUGGAUUUGUGGAGGCUGCCGGAUAUACUUGUCUUUCACCUGAAAAGAUUCUCGUAUAGCCGAUGGCUGAAAAACAAACUUGAUACAUUUGUCAACUUCCCUAUCCAUAAUCUUGAUUUGAGCAAAUAUGUGAAGAGCGGUGGCAUGGAAGAAGGCUCCCAUUUGUACGAACUCUAUGCCAUCAGCAAUCAUUAUGGGGGCCUUGGUGGAGGACACUAUUCGGCAUAUUGCAAGUUAGUAGAUGAGAACAGAUGGUAUCACUUUGAUGAUGCGCACGUUUCGCCUGUCAAUGAGUCUGAAAUAAAGACAUCGGCAGCUUAUGUGCUUUUUUACCGUAGAGUAAAAACUACAGCCACUGGGACUGUGGCCGAGCCAUCAGGCAGUCAUAGGGCCUCUUGAAUGUUUGCAUACCAAUUUUGGGAUAAGUUAUGCUCAACAGGGUUUUUGGCUGUGGCAUACAUGGCAUGGUUUUUGACGGCUUCUAAUGGAGAAGAACGAUUAAGUAGAUGCAAUGUAAGUGAAGUUUGUCGAUGAAAAUGAGAGCCGUUCGAUUGGAGGAUAUAAGGAUCAGAUAAGAUUAUUAUGUAUGAGAAGAAAAGACAUGGUAUGCUUGAUUUUAAUUUAAUUUAAUUUUGUUGUAGGAAAUUUUUGGAUGGCAAUUAGUUGUUGUAUAAUGGGGUCUUGUUUACCUGUGUAUAACCUAUUUUGGCCUUUACCCCUAAUUUUCGAUUACUUGGAUUUGCUUUGGGGGAUGAAUGGAGAUUCUAAAGCUACUCGCUUGUUUAGUAGCUGCUGAAUAAUGUGAUGUGGAAUGUUAUGUGGAAAUUUGCAUAAUAUGAGUUGAAAACUUGCAGGGAUAUUUGGCAUGAAUAAGCUCAGGUAAACUAAAG